ACUAAGCCGUCGCCGCUGAGGCGCAGACACCACCCACCGCGCGCCGUCAUACCCUGUCGUCUCGCUCGCUCCGCAGCCAUGGUGAAGAAGCUCAAGCGCAAGGGUGACGCCUCCGCCGCGCCGGCGCCCAAGGCUGGCGCCCCCGGAUCGGCGAAACCCGAGAAGUUUAAGAAGAAGGCGGUGAAAACUGUUCCGGGAAAGCUGAAGGCGGCCGCGAUUGAAUCUGCAGCAAUAGCUGAGGCGUUUGCCUCGGCGCCCGCGCCCGCGCCCGCGCCGAAGCCGGUCGAGGCGAGUUCACCGGCGGCCCCUGCUAAUCGUGUGGCCGCCGAGAGCAAGGGGGAAGACAGGAGUAGUAGUAAGAAGGAGACGAUGAACGGGAGACAGGAGGAGAGGGUGAAAGGGGAAGACAGGAACACGAGUAGGAAGGAGACAAUGAAGGGGAGGGAGGAGGAGAUGAUGAAUCCGGAAGAGAAGAGGAGGAAAGCUACGGGGAAGGAGAAGAAGGGGAAGGAGGAGGAGAGCAGUGGCCCCGGGUUUAUAUUCAUGUGUAGCGUGAGGACGAAGCCAGAGUGCUACCGGAACGGCGUAUUUGGCCUGCCCAGGGGGAAGAUGGAUGUGGUGGAGAAGAUCCAGCCAGGGGCGAAGCUGUUCCUGUAUGAUUUCGACCUCAAGCUAAUGUAUGGGGUGUACAAGGCAACGACGAGGGGAGGGAUGGAUCUUGUGCGACACGCGUUCGAUGGGAAAUUCCCUGCGCAGGUUAAAUUUAGCAUUGACAUAGAUUGUCUUCCUAUUCCUGAGAGUAGUUUCAAGCACGCCAUUAAGGAGAACUACAGUUCAAAGGGCAGGUUUACCCAAGAGCUCAACUCUAAACAAGUUCAUCGGUUAUUGGCUCUAUUCAAGCCUAUCGGCCUAGGUCAGCCAGCUUCACACCAUAUUGAAGAUAUGCGCCGUCCACAUAUCAUUGAAGAUAGGCGAGAAUUGUACGAUUACGAAGAAAGACGAUCAUUACAACAUGUUAAAGAAAUGGGUGCACCUAUUAAUGUCCAUGCAUCUACUCUUUUGGAUCAUUACAAGUUCACACAUUCAUUACAUCCUCCACUUACUAAUGAGCCUCGACAUAGUUUGGUGCUAGAUCCUCAUCAAAUGCCUGUUGGGCUUGAGUCUCGCCAAGCACCUGUUGCAUUGGGAUCUCAUCAUGUGCCUCAUAUGCGAGAGCUUCAACAUGUUCCUGCUAAUUAUUAUCACCAAGUGGCUCCUAAUUCUUUGAACCAUCAACCUCACAUGGAUACUAUGCAUGAAAGAACUGCAGCUGCGGCAACUUUUAGGGAUCCACUUCUUGCAAGAGAUUACGGAGCACUGCCAGGGGAGCUUGCUGCACGCUCUGAACACGUGGAUGAGCUCUACCGUUCUUACAAACUCUCUACUCGCGCAAUGGACCUCAAUCCGGGGCCAUCCUAUGUGACAACUUCCUAUGAGAACCCCAGAAGUGUUUACAGCGAAAGCUUUUUGAGUCCUACUGCUACAAGGGUUAACGGGCCUAGUGUGCCGGUGUCCACCCGUUAUUCCUUUGCUGGUCCACCAGCAUAUCGAUGAUCCCCCAAAUGCAUGCGCUCAAAUCGGCCCUGAGUCAAAUUUACUAGUGAAUGUAACUAGUGGCUUCCGAUGACUCUUGGAAGCCAGGACAUAACUUAGUCGUACUUGCAACUGCAGUUACUUUUGAUAUCGUUUGCAAGAUAAUGUAUGGACCAUGGGCCUUGUUUCACCCAAGUUGUUGAGCAGCAAUGCAAACCGCCUGAUGUGUCCUGUUUAUAUGCA